AUGGUUUGGGAUAACGCUUGUGUUGCCUCAACAGGCUCGGCAUCUCAACUCUUUGCUUCCACACUCAACUUUCUGACAGCGGCACAAUGUUUUGUGCCAGACAGGAAAAGUCCCGACAACAUAGUAGCUGAUAUGGAGAAAGUUGACUUUAUUAUCGCGGGAGGAGGCACGGCAGGUUGUGUUGCAGCAAAUCGACUCAGCGAAGUAGAUGGUUGGAACGUUGUGCUUUUUGAAGCUGGAUUCGAGGCACCUGCUGAAUCUGUUAUACCUGGCUUGGAUGGCUCCUUGUAUCAAAGCAAAUACGACUGGAAAUACGUUACAGAAAGCGAUGGUGUAACGCUCCAAGGAAUGAAAAAUGGCGUAGUACAAUGGCCACGGGGGAAAAUGCUUGGGGGAUCCAGUGCAAUGAACGCUAUGUAUUAUGUAAGAGGACAAGAUCAAGAUUUUCAGUCGUGGUAUGAUGAAGGAAAUACAAAUUGGGCACCGGAAACUGUAAAUAAGUAUUUCAGAAAGGCAGAAAAUUUCCAAGACCAACGCCUUGACGAAAUUCCUCAAGUACGUGAAACCUAUGGACACGACGGUCCAUUUGUGGUUAACACAUUUAAUCAUACACUAAACGAAGCAGGUCAGAAUAUUUUAGACUCUUGGAAUCAUAUUGGAAUCAAGAAGGUAAAUGAUAUUAACGCCGACAAGUUCGAGGGACAGGGAUUCUGUGCCAUAUCAAGAGCAGCUGCGGCAAAUGGACAAAGAUCAAGCACCUACAGUACUUAUUUGAAAUCAGCAAGUGAUAGACCGAAUUUAAGAGUUGUUCCCAAUGCUUUCGUGACAAAAGUAUUAAUAGAUGAUAAUUCACGAGCCUACGGUGUAGAAGUUGAAAUUAAUGGAGAAAAAAAGACGGUUUUGGCAAACCGGGAAGUUAUUCUUAGCGCUGGAGCUAUAAACACGCCACAAAUAUUGAUGCUAUCUGGUAUAGGUCCUGAAAAAGAACUAAUUUCUCACAAUAUUCCAGUUAAAGUUAAUUUGCCGGGUGUUGGUCAAAACUUACAAGAUCACGCUUACGUUCCAGUACCAUUCUGUAUGGAUGAACCAGGACCGGAGGAUGAAGCUGAAAAGAAGUUCGAAAUUUUAAAAUACUUAUAUGAUAAAACCGGUUAUUUAGCACAUGAGUUUAUAAUGAAUUUGAGCGCUUUCUUUUCUCGAACUGAUGACAUGUCUUAUCCAGAGUUUCAAUGUCACACUAUAAUAUUUAGACAAAAUUCAUCCAUCGCACGAUCCUAUCUCCGUACUCUUAAAGAUGAAGUAGCAGAAUCUUUCAUGCAAUGUCAGCCGGAUAAAGCGUUAGUGAUUAUGGCAUUUCACAAUUUACAUCCCCAUUCAAAAGGCAAUAUAUGUUUAACGAGCAAUGACCCACACACUUAUCCUUUAUUGUAUCCGAAAUAUUACAGCGAUGAAUGGGAUAUUCAAGCAUCAGGUGAUGGUAUAGAAAUAGUAACAAAAUUACUAGAUACUCCCUAUUUCAAAUCUAAUAACGCUUUUAUUCCCAAAAUAAAUUUGUCCCAAUGCGACGAAUGGGAAUAUCUAAGCAAUGAUUAUUGGAAAUGUUAUUCAACGCAUGUAAGUCAAACAGUUUUUCAUCCAAUAGGCACAGCAAAAAUGGGCUCAGAUCCAGAUGCAGUAGUAGACAACUCCUUAAAAGUUCAUGGGGUAGAAGGUUUACGCGUUAUAGAUGCUAGUGUAAUGCCAUCUGAAACUAGUGGCAAUACUAUGGCACCCGUAAUUAUGAUCGGAGAAUUGGCAUCCGACUUGAUUAAGGAGGAGUAUGGAGUAUCUGAAUAAUUCUGUCAUCCAAAUAAUUGAAUUACUAAUACGAUUAUUAAAUUGAAAAAUCCAUAUGAUACAAUUAAAAUAAAGAUCUUUUAAAAAAAUGAUGGAACAUGUUCGGCGCCGCUACUAAGUACAUAUAUUUUAUUUGCGUCAAUCAUCAAUACCCACUAAAGUGUGAUGUACUUAUGUUGUUAUUUAUUAUUAACACGUACCUUCUCUUUGUUACUGGUCAUUAUAUUCUCUGCAACGUAUUUUCCUGGUAGAUAUCGUUUUUAU